UUCCCUGCAGCGCUUUGCGCUCAGUCACGUCUCCAUUCAUCCUCCGGCGCGCAGGGAUCGGACCUUCUCGCGGCUUCGCGCUGCGCUCCGCUGCCGCACAGUUACGCACCGCGCGGACCAUGAGCAGACUGCUCCUCACUGCAGGAAACACCAUGACACCACGCAGCCGCAGAGCUCUUUGACGCGCCGACACUGCUGCGGUCUCUCCAGAGUUCGAUUUUUGGUUGAUCACUAAAACAACAUGCCCCCCGCCCGGAACAGGAACCCCAGCCCCAUUCCAGAGGUGACCUGGGACACGGGCUCCAAAGAGAUGAACGAGACCUGGAAAGGAGCUAUAGCCUGUCUGGGGGUCGCAGUCUUCUUCGUAAUGACCAUCGGGAUAAUUUACUGGCAGGUGGUGGACCAGCCCAACAAGAACUGGAUCCUCCGGGGGACCCUCAGCGGGCUGAUCUGGGAGAGGAGGACCCACUCGUUGGUCAUCCAGACUCUGGCGGAGGACAGGACCUUUGUGGAGAUAGAUGUGGGGAACGUCGGGAACCCCGACACCGAGGUUCCGUUCGUGAGGAAUCUGUGCUGGCUCAACAAAACCGAGUUCUGCUACACGUGGGACUCGGUGGCGGACGUGAAGAUCUCUCUGGAGCUAAGAGAGGACUCGGAGGCGGAGUGCUACAGCAUGGUGUGGGCGCCGGUGCACUGUCAUGUGGAGCUGAAGAGCUGCUUCUCCAUGGCCAACGUGUCGUGGUACGGGGGGGCCGGCGUCCGGGGUCAGACCUGGCCCAUCAACGAUCAGAACGUCACCAUGCAGCCCUUUGUGGUCAGCGAUCUGAGGAACACCCCCUCUGGCUUCGGCUCCGUGCUGGAACGCUACUUCCUGGGUUCCUCAGGCGUGGCGGUGCUGGUCCCCCCCGACAGCCCCCUGCAGCUGGGCCUAGACAGCCGGCAGCAGUUCUGCCUGCAGUCCCGGCCGGGUCUGGAGCGCCCCCUGCUGCAGUACAGCGUGUGCGUGGCCCCCCACCUCCGGGCCGCUCACCAGGAGGCUCAGCUGCAGCUGCUGCAGCGCAGCAGAGAGCUGCCCAGCAUGAAGGCGCUGAGGCUGCCCUUUUGGAAGCUGCUCACCAAUGUGGACUCAGGGCAGAAGGUGGAGAGGGAGCUGAGGACCUUCUCCAACCGUCUGAGGAGACACCACCUGGGGGAGGGGGUCAUCAGCCUCAACGAGCAUUCCACCACCCUCCUCUCUGAAAUGGACCACGACUUCCUCAGCAGCAGGAAAAGGGGGCCGUCCAAGAGACUGACCAGGGACCUCCCACUCGUGAAGCUUCUCAACAUUUCCAUAACCCUGUCCCCCUUCCUGGGGGUGGACAGCACACGGUUCUACUCCUCCCUGACUGAUGGUACCGAGGCGUACUGGCUUAGCCUGCCCUCCGCCCCCCAGGGGAAGCUGAUUCCCAUCAUGAGUCGGUGGCGAGGGAACUUCUGCGUGAAACUGAACCUCACCAACCCCGGAGCGGUGAGCUGGUUCCUGGACCGACUCGGGUCGCUGCAGACCCAUUUAGGGAUGGAGUACGUCACGCUUGAAGGGGGGGAGGGGAAUCUGUUCGAGGAGCAGGCCCUGCGGUCCCCGCCCGCUCUGGCAGGAGACAAGUACAUCGAACUCCUGGCUGACCUGGCCGCCAGGAUGGGAGAUUCCACCGUCAUGACCGCCGCCACACGGUCCAGCCACAAGCCGCUGUUUGUGAGGAUGACGCCACUGCAGUCCGACUGGAGCUCGCUGGGGCUGAAGGCGGUCAUUCCCUCGCUGCUUCACCACACUCUCCUGGGAUACAACUUCCUCAUUCCCGACGCCGUCGGAGGCUCUCUGUCUGGAGAACCGGUCACAGAUGAGGAACUGUUCAUCCGCUGGCUGGAGCUGGCAGCCUUUCUGCCAGUUAUCACCUUCAAAACCCCUCCCUGGGUGUGCGGAGAGGACCAGCUGCUAAACCUGACUCGGACCUACAUAUCGAAGCACCAGAAGGAUGUGGUCCCACUGAUUGAGAAGUAUGCAGACGAGUGGCAGAUGACAGGAAAUCCCAUCUACCGGCCGAUGUGGUGGCUCAGUCCCACUGAUCCCUUCACGUUCACCAUUGAUGACCAGUUCUUGAUUGGAGACGAGGUCCUGGUGGCCCCGGUGGUGGAGAAAGGGGCUGUGCAGAGGGAUAUUUAUUUACCUGACGGAGGGUUCCAGUGGCAGGACAGUCGGAGUGCACAGGUGUUUGACGGCGGGACGUUUCUGCAGGACUACCCUGUUCCUCUGGAGCACGUUGCUGUUUUCUUUCGGAGGAGCUGAGCCAACUGGCGGCAUCACCUUCCUUAUCCAGUUACUGUUUCAAUUACGUUACUUCUUUUAAAAAGGACUUAUGGUCUUGUCAACAUGCACUUUUCCACUAGAGACCAUUGAUCUGUGUCAAGCCCUGCCUUGAGGUGAUAUGUAAAAAAUGUUUACUUGCACUUUAUAGAUCAAAUUUGUUUUUGUUGCUUUAUUUUUUUGCAUUUUCCUCCUUUACAGAAACAAUGUGUUCAUCGGACUUACCUCUUUGUUGUUUUGGUUCUGGGCUUUUUUGUAUAGUUUCUAAAAAAAAAUGUGUGUUUACGUACAGCUUUUCUACAGUCUUUAACAUUUUAGUUGCUGCUACCCAGUGAUUGGGAGGAACAAAGACCUGUUGGCUAAAACAGUCUGAUUAACUCACAAAGACCAAAUGUUGAAAUGAAGAAAA